GCGGCUCUCUAACUUUGUUUUUUACAAACAAAUACUUGAAGCAGAGAACCUUUCUUUUUUCUUUUCUUUUCUUUAUGUGGUCUUCUUCUUUUACUCGUGCCUUAAAGCUAACGUAUCCUAUUGUACAAGCACCUUGCGCUGGUCAUACAGGCGCUGAAUUAGUAGCUGCUGUUAGUAAUGCAGGUGGACUAGGUUCUUUAGGAGCUGGCAUGAUACCUCCCUCUCAAUUACGCACAACUAUUCAGGCCAUUCAAGCCAAGACAUCCAAACCCUUUGCGGUCAAUUUGUUCUGUCGCCCUACUCAACCUGUCACUGAGGCCGAGCUGCAAGAGCAUUGCCCUCAUAUUGAUGACGUAUUAAACCAAAUUCGAUCGGAACUCGGUAUUCCUAUUCCUACCGAAUACAAACUACGUUCUCCUCCUUUGGAUGAACAAGUGGCUGUCUUGUUAGAGACCAAAGUGCCCGUUGUUUCCUUUACGUUUGGGAUGCUACCCAACCCUCUUCGAGACAAGCUUUGGGACGCAGGUACGUAUUUAAUUGGCACAGCAACCACGGUCCAAGAAGCACUCAUGUUGGCCGGAUUGGACCCUGCGGACUCAACCCGUAAAGCAGACGCCAUUGUCGCACAAGGACUAGAGGCUGGUGGCCAUCGUGGUUCGUUUCUGCAUGGUACAGGUGAAAAUCAUCAACCAAUGUUACGUUCGGACUUGAUAAAAGCUAUUCGAAACCAUGAUCUUCCUAUCCCUCUUUUAGCUGCAGGUGGCAUAAGUCACGGAGAGGAUGUGUAUCGCGUCCUUCAAGACGCAGACGGUGCUGUGAUUGGCACAUUGUUUAUGUUGGCUACUGAAUCGGCUACACCUCCACCCCACCGGGAAUACAUGUUGCAUGCCGAGAAAGAUGGUGUAGAAUCCACCAAGAUUACCACUGCUAUCACGGGUAAACAAGUCCGUAGUUAUCCGAACAAGCUCAUGAAGCGUAUUGAACAAGUGGUUGCUGAAACAGGUGCUCAAGUACCUGUUUAUGAUAUUCACUCGAGCAAGACGAAAGACAUUGCCACUUUUGCAACUAUGCAUGGACUCAAAGAUUACAUGCUUUUGCUUUCAGGAGCAAACACGUCUGAAGCAGUCAAUUUUAGUGAGCAAGGUACACUUUCUGCCUUAGACAUACUCCAGAAAUUAGUAACUGAAGUGGAACAAAAAGAUGCAAUAAAGAAAUACUAGGUUAAUGGCUUAUUACUAAAAGCGGUUAUUUCAAAAAAA